AUGCUUCAACAACGGCUUUCAGUUUUGAUGCCGACUCCAUCGCUGUGGGGUGUGGACAGUCAAAUUUUGGAGACCGAGACAGAGCUUGCAAAGAAACGUGCACAUGCUCAUACUUGCACGUACAUGGAUGUUGUUUCUUUCAAACCUGACAUUCCUUGGCAAGAUCAGAGGGAAGCAGAUUUGCAACAAGGUAUCAAACUUUGGAUUGCAGUAACCAGCAGGUGGAGUGAUCAGAGCACUCUUGCGGUGAAGCUGGGGGAAAUGCGGACAGAGGAAGAAGUGUUCACUAUGUUUGCCCAUGUUUUCUCAGGGAGGGCUCCAGUGACCAUACGUAAACGUGGUGCAGCCAUUCUCAAGGUGUGCGACUACUUGGAACAGAAUGCACUGGAACCUUUCCCAAUGAAAGAGAUCACGUUCUACAGGUUUCUUUGCAGAGCAGAAGCCAUGGGGGCCCCGGCCAGCAGGUUGAAGGGCAUGAUCCAGGCCAUUGCUUUUUGCAGACACGUGUUGGACGUGGUGGAGCUGCAGUGCGUCCUAGACAGCAAGAGGUGCAGUGGAGUGGCAAGGGAGUCAUGCCCCAAGGAGCGGAAGCAAGCCAGCCCGCUGACUGUGUGCGAGCUGAACAAGUUGCACAUGUUGGUGGACACAAGUUCAGACCCUUGGGAUGCGGUCUUUGCCGGAGCGGCGCUCUUGUGCUGCUAUUGCAGAGGCAGAUGGGGAGACCUGAUGAGGGGUGAAAAGGCAUUUGUUGAUUGUGACGAAGGAGGCAAGCCUGCCUACUUUGAGACGAGGACAGGACGGCAUAAGACAAUGAGCUCACAAAUGCACAGACACCAGUUCUUGCCAAUGGUUGCGCCGGUGAAAGGCGUGCAUGGUGGUGAUUGGGUCGGCCCAUGGUUGCAGAGAAGGCGUGAGCUUGGACUGGCCUUCCCGCCACAGGGUCUCAUCAUGCCGGCACCAGACAGAGAAGGUGGGGCUUCGCAGAGGCCGCUGGAGUCUGGAGAGUGCGGGAAGUGGCUUCGACGUGUGCUGGACAUUGGCAUUGCAGAAACCACUAACGACACGGUCAAGGCAGAAGUUGUCUUGUCAUCAGAUGAAGAGCAAUGUGGCCAGCUGGAUGAGUCUGACUCUUCAGGCAGCACGUCCGACUCAGGGUCAUCCUCAGGAGACAUUCCGGAGGACCACGAGCUGAACAAGACCUUUGCACCGCCGAAGCCUCCAGAGGGUUUCCAAAGGUGGCAACAUGCAAAGCUGAAAACAAUUCAUUUGACUGAGCCUGGAUAUUUCAAAGUUUUCGUUUGUGGCAGGGCGGUAGGAGCUUUUCACCAUCAGAUCAGUCAGGACCCACGGUUUGACUCUCCAGUGUGUUGGGCAUGUUUCAACAAGGCCGACAAGGUUUGA